UUUCGCGCCUCUUACUGGUGCUUCUUUCCCUCCAAAAGACGAAGAUACAGUACCUGAUUUAUUUAUGUUAUUGGUAUAGCACAGCAUUCAUCCAUCAACCAAGAUGACAGUCCUCUCCAAGCCAAUCGAAAUUGGCAUUGCCACUGACGACGACGACGAUGAAGAAGUCAUGAUUGUAUCAUCUCCUCGCAAAUCGAAACGACUGGAACACCAAAGCAAACAGCCAAAGUACAAAACUGGCACGGCCAUUCAGAAAUUGUUUCCCCAAGGAUGGUUUGAAGGAUAUGUGGAAUCAUUUUGGAUUGAUGACGAGUAUGAAGAUGAUGUUCGACUGUACCGGAUUGAGUACGAAGAUGGCGACGCCGAAGAUAUCGAAGAAGGAGAUAUGCCGCCGUUGGUACAAUUUGCCGAAAAAGACAUGAAGCGGCAAACCUUACGGCAGCUCCAACGAAAGACGACGGUCAAGCGAGCCGCACGAAAGCCAACGACAACGACAACGACAACGACAACGACGACGCAUCGUCCUGCCAAAAAGGCUCGUGGGGGAACCGCCAAAGGUCUUCAGACGCUCAACCCCGACUCUGGUUUGUGGACGGGUAUCUUUGGACAAGACAAGGGAGCUCUACUCCAAGAAUCGCUCGUGGAAAAGAUCCACGCCAAUCCUCCACCACCCAAAACUCUCCCCCAACCGUUGCAUGCCUGUAUUCCUCUCAUGGUAGAAUUCUGGUUGCUCUUGUGGGAACGACAAAUGAUCUUUUUGGAGGGCAAACAGACGAAUGUGCGUGUCAUGCAGAAACAUCAUUUCUGUAACAAUCAUCGCGAAAUCGACCGUGGAACGGCCUAUUUGCGGUCGCAAAUCAUGACACUCAAACAAGAGCUACAACAGCAGGAAAAGCCACUUACUAGAGCCAUUUGGCUCGAACAAGUCUUGGGAAUGGCCUACAUUUAUCGGCUCGUCAACAAACAAGAAUCCUUUGAAAGCGACCGCAAUCCCACUGGUGGCAUUCCUCGAUUGGGUGAAUGGACAAAAGAACACGAAGACUAUUGCCGGGAAAUUCAAGCCGAACGACGACGGGACAAUUCCCUCCCUAGUUUCAUGACCCGAGCCCAUCAGGCCAUUUCCUACGACGAGUACAUUCAGCUUGGACAAAAAUGUGCCAAGACGAUUCCUCCCAUUGCCAAGCAAGUCCAUGCAGCGGGCUCCAAUCUGCGCAAAAUCUGCAAUGUUCUCCAAAAGCUCGGUGGUGUGUCCAGCUUUCGCGGCUGGCAAUUGGCGUGCGAUUUGGAAGAAGCCCGGUGUUUGGGACCCGACGUGCCCGACGAUUUCACCUUGUUGGGGCCCGGUGCCCGCAAUGGUCUCCGGGAUGUCUUUGGGGACGACGUUUACAAUAGUCACAAUCUCUUGGACUUGUGUCGGCACUUGCAGAGUAGCAUGACGUAUUGUCUCCAGUUGGUCGAUUUGGAGUUUCCGCAUUGGGGCGGCCGUCCCGUCACGUUAAAGGUGAUUGAACAUGCCCUCUGCGAAUUCAACAAGUUUCAACGGUCCGAUGCCGGUGGUUUUGAUAGUUUUCGGCAUCGACACAGUCGCGCGUCGAUGGAUGACAAGCCCUGUGGGGAAUGUCAGGAGGAGACAACGGCAGAGAAUCGCGCGAGGUGUGAUACUUGCUUUUUGAUUGUAUGCCAACAGUGCCAAAAGGAUCAAUUCCAUUCGAUUCGGUCGGCCGAAGAGGACAGACAUGGUCGAAACUGUUGCCUUGCGUGCCAUGAGAUUGAUGAAUUGACGUUUGAUGAUUAAACAAUCGAUGUUUCCCAAGAAGCUAACUGUUAGCUAAGUAUAUAUAUAUAUAUAUAAUGAAGUAGUAUGUUUUGCC